UGGAAAUGAAGUUGAGGGUAAAAACAAAAGUUAAAUCACCAAAAAGUUCCGAUGAGGGGUGUGAGCCGGUGAGUCCUACAUCGGAAUGCUUCUUAACAAUGAGUGUAACAUCCUAUAUUCUUUGCUUCUUUGAAUUGGAGUUUCCUCCUCAUUUUCCCUCCAUUUAUGCUUUCCUCAACGAUGUCUUCCUUAAUGUUCAUCCUCGUUUCUCUUCGAUCGUGGUCAAAGACGCAAAGGGCAAGAAAAAGUGGAAGAAAAUAGAAGUAAAUAUCAAAGAUCAUGUGAAAAUCCCUUUACUUAAUAAAGAUAAUAUAUCAACAGAAGAAGAAUAUAGUACACAAUAUGAUGAUUACAUAUCCGAGAUAGCUACAUCUGAAAUUGCAGUAGACAAACCCUUAUGGGAACUUCACAUUUUCAAUUACCCAACAAAGAAAUCUGUUUCCACUUUGAUAUUCAAGUUUCACCAUGGCAUCGCUGAUGGAACCUCGCUUAUGGGAGUCGUCUUAUCUUGCAUUCAACGAUCAGAUGAUCCUUCCAAACCUCUCACUUUCCCUUCUAGAACUACUUCCAUCCGUCCAAAGGAGAACAAAAAUAGCCAUACUCAAACUAUUAUGAAACUUUUCAACAUUGUGCCUCAAUUUAUGGCUUCUAUCUUCUAUUCUUUCUAUGAUUUGGGACAAAGUCUGAGGUUAUUACACUCCGAAGAUGAUCCAACUCCAAUCAGAUCCGGGUAUGCAAAGAUCAAUCAACAUUAUAGAAUUUGUACGGUCAAUCUGUUUCUUACUGAUGUCAAGAGAAUCAAGACAAUUCUUGGAGUGACUGUAAAUGAUGUUGUCAUUGGGAUAAUAUUUCUGGGAACACGAUUAUAUAUGCAAGAAAUGAACAAUGGACGAUUAAAGAAUACAAGAUCCACUGUACUUAUAACUCUUAAUACGAGGAAUGACAAAGGGUAUGCACGCCCUGAAGAAAUGCGCGAAAAGAACACCAAGGUUCCAUGGGGAAAUAGAUUCUCACUCGUUGAGUUGCGAAUUACAAAUUUGGAAGAGGAAGAUUUUAAAAAUCCGCUCAAAUUUAUAUUGAAAGCUCAUAAACUUAUCAAGAGAAAGAAAAAUACUCCUUUUGCUCAGAAUUUAAUGACUUCCUUCUUCGGAGCUGUAAGGACAUGUAGAGGCCUUCAGGCAGCAACAAGAACCUUUGAAAGAAGAUUUAACAAUAGUAGCUUUCUUGUGACCAAUAUGAUUGGCCCAACCGAGAAAAUGAGUCUUGCAAGUCAUCCUAUCAAAGGCUUCUAUUUCAUGCCAACUGGGCUUCUAUCGAGCUUAACAGUUUCAGUAAUGAGUUAUAUGCAAACGCUGACAAUUGGUUUAGCUGUUGAAGAAGGCGUCAUCGAUCACCAAAGACUAAUCACAUGUGUGGAGAAAGCCUUUCAGUUGAUUAGCCAAGCUGCUACAACUACUUCAAACUAGCUCUAAAGUCUUAGAGUGGUGAUAAAGGAGGCAAAUUGCGACAAUUAAAAUGUAUUACAGUUUUACUUGUCACUUUUUCUAUGGUGCUAUAAGGGUGUCACGUAAUCUGUGAUUCAUCAAUUUUUUUUUUUAUUAUCAACGUCGUACUACUAUGAAAAUAGUAAAAUAAGGUUGUCGAUAAAAAAGAAGGAAAUAACUAUUUAUUAAAUUUUUAGUAAUAAUGUAUUUUCUCUUAACAUAAAUUAAGAUUAUUUUAGAUUUCUUUGAGGAAGAAUAUGUUUCUAUGUAUGAUCUCAAACUUGAUUCUGAUUCCCUUCACUUGGUUGA